GAUUUCAACCAGGAAUCAGACUACCCUGUCCAUGACCAGAUAGACUUGUAUGACGAUGUUAUCUCUCCUUCAGCCAAUAAUGGAGACGCACCUGAGGACUGGGACUACCUGGACAACCUACCCCCACCUGCUGGCUCCGAGGUGAACAAGAGCACCCCUCCCAACGUGGAUUACACGUACGCUGGCAAGAGGAUCGCCCUGUAUAAAGACAAUCUCACAUGGUGGACAACAGACUAAGAUUUGACAGACACCAUUGGAUCAAUAGGCAUUAAGGACCUGCUAGAGAUCAAGUUCUUUGACAACAGAGCCACCGGCCAGAAUAAAGGGUUUGCCUUGGUGUGCGUGGGCUCAGAUGCGUCCUCCAGGAAGCUACUGGACCUGCUGUCUAAACGGGAGCUACACGGACAGAACCCCAUCGUUAUCUCCUGCAACAAACUGUCCCUCAGCCAGUUCGAGAUGCAGUCUUGGAAAAUCCCAGGUACAUCGGCUGGGCAGAUGUCUGGCAAUGGGAAGGCGGGACCCCCCACCUUGGGCCCCCGCGGUGGCUUCCCCAUGGUCCGGGGCCCCGGAGGAGACCGAUUCCCUGGGCCCAUCGGACCCGGAGGUCCACCGCCACACUUCCCAGGGUCAGGGAUGAGACCACCUGAACUCAUUAACCAUAGACACCAAGAAGGCCACCUGAUGGAUAUGAAUUUGAAUUGCUUCCCGCCGGGACGUGAUGGGAAUUGGCGACCCCCUCCUGGCCCCCUAGGUCCCCCCGGCCCUCUAGGCCCCCCUCCCCCAGGACAGGGCCUGCCCCCUCCCAUGUAAGGCCCCCCACCCCCAGUCAUGUUCUCUGGCCAGUUCGGCCAGCCCCCCCAUGGGUCCUCUCCCCCCUGGCCCUCCCCCACACGGCUUCGGCCCUCCUCCGAACUUUGAG